GUCGGCUUAGCUGGCGGACCGCGGCGGCGGCAUGGCGGGCCGGCGGGUGAACGUGAACGUGGGCGUCCUGGGCCACAUUGACAGCGGCAAGACCGCGCUGGCGCGAGCGCUCAGCACAACAGCCUCCACCGCGGCCUUCGACAAGCAGCCGCAGAGCCGCGAGCGCGGCAUCACGCUCGACCUGGGCUUCUCGUGCUUCUCGGUGCCACUGCCCGAGCGCCUGAGGCCGGCGCCGCCGGGGACCGAGCCCGAGUCCGGGGCCGAGCUGCAGAUCACGCUGGUCGACUGCCCCGGGCACGCCUCCCUCAUCCGGACCAUCAUCGGCGGGGCCCAGAUCAUUGAUUUGAUGAUGCUGGUCAUCGACGUGACCAAAGGGAUGCAGACCCAGUCAGCCGAGUGCCUCGUGAUUGGACAGAUUGCCUGCCAAAAGCUGGUCGUGGUGCUGAAUAAGACAGACCUCCUCCCUGAAGGGAAGAGACAGGCGGCGAUUGAGAAGAUGACCAGGAAGAUGCAGAAGACCCUUGAGAACACCAAGUUCCGAGGCGCACCCAUCAUACCUGUGGCGGCCAGGCCUGGGGGACCGGAGGCCCCCGAAACAGAAGCUCCGCAGGGCAUCCCCGAGCUCAUCGAGCUCCUAACGUCCCAGAUUUCCAUCCCAGCGAGGGACCCCUCGGGCCCAUUCCUGAUGUCUGUGGACCACUGCUUCUCCAUCAAAGGCCAAGGCACAGUGAUGACAGGGACCGUCCUCUCAGGCUCUGUCAGCCUCGGCGACAGCGUGGAGAUCCCAGCCCUCAAGGUGGUGAGGAAGGUGAAGUCCAUGCAAAUGUUCCACACACCUGUUACCUCUGCUGUGCAAGGGGACCGGCUGGGCAUCUGCGUCACCCAGUUCGACCCCAAGCUGCUAGAGCGCGGCCUGGUGUGCGCCCCCGAGUCCCUGCACACUGUCCACGCAGCUGUCAUCUCCGUGGAGAAGAUCCCAUAUUUCCGGGGACCCCUACAGACCAAGGCCAAGUUCCACAUCACAGUGGGCCAUGAGACGGUCAUGGGCCGAGUAAUGUUCUUCAGCCCCGCCCCUGACAGUUUUGACCACAAGCCAGUGCUGGACUCCUUCGACUUCUCCCAAGAAUACCUCUUCCAGGAACAGUAUCUGUGCCCAAGCUCAGCACCAGCCGCCACAGACACCACGGACAGCGGUGGAGAUGACAAGAAGGCGGGCCAGGCCUCCGAAGGCCACUGCCCACGGCAGCAGUGGGCCCUUGUGGAGUUUGAGAAGCCCGUCACCUGCCCUCGGCUGUGCCUGGUGAUUGGCUCCAGGCUGGACGCAGACAUCCACGCCAACACCUGCCGCCUGGCCUUCCAUGGUGUCCUGCUGCACGGGCUAGAGGACAAGAACUAUGCUGAAAGCUGCCUGCCCAAGCUGAGGGUGUACAAGCUGAAGCAUAAGCAUGGCGUCGUGGAGCGGGUGAUGGACGACUACAGUGUGAUCGGCCGUUCCCUGUUCAAAAAGGAGACCAACAUCCAGCUCUUCGUGGGGCUCAAGGUGCACUUGUCCACUGGGGAGCUGGGGGUCAUCGACAGUGCCUUUGGUCAGAGCGGCAAGUUCAAGGUCCACAUUCCUGAGUUCUUUUUCCUGCCGUGGGCAAUGUGGAGGGGAAGACCUGCCGCUGACAUUCAAGUGUGUUUUUGAAAAAUAUCAGAACACAGAGCUUUGCGUGCAUCUCAUCUCAACCAUGGAAGAAGAAGUUUUUACAAAGAAAAGAGAGAGAAGAAACCAAGUGAAAAUAUUCAUGAUGGGAACACGGGAGACUCUUUUCCCUUGUAUUUUUCUUUAACAUGCGGAUUUAGCCGAAUGAGCCCAUGCAGGCAGGAAGCCCUUCUGCCAAGACAUCAUUCACACCUCUGGGCCAAAGGUAUGAGAACCCCCCACCUCAGACCCAGGGCCUGUCCUCGCCCCUUGGUCCCCAGGCAGGUUGGCUGUGUCACUGGCAGCAGCCCCCUCACCCCUCAGACCACCACCAUCCAAGAGCCUGGGAGGGAGCCAAGGAAUGGGAGCUUCUCUGAGCCCCACUUCUAGUGGGCCCCCCCUUUACUCAUCCCAAGGACAGCUGGCCGGUGUUGGGCCUCUGCCCCACAUCCAGCGCCACGCAAGGAAGGCAGGUGCUAGGCAGCUUGGAGGGAGGCGAGGGGACUCGGUAAGAGGCUGAGGGUGGGCUGGCCCUGAGCACUCCAGGCGGGGGGGCCACUGCGGGUGUUCGGGCAGAGGAGGCCAGGAUCUGAGGACAGUAAUAGUGCUGGGGUCCAGGGGGCUGCUCACUGCAUGUGGCUCCCCAAGAGCUGCCAGCAGACUCGGAGAGCAGGUUGAGGCACUGCUCAGGCUGCCUGCUGGCCCAGUGGCCUUCUCCCCCAUGGAGGCCCUAAGCUGGCUUUGUCAGGGCAGCGACCAUGGAGUGAGGUGGACCCUUCCAGGGUGGUCGCUGGCAUCUCGCUGGGUUCUGUCCCCAACCAGUCAGGAGGUUCCAGCUCAGAUGGAAGAAAAGAGGGUUGGAGAGAGAGGUGAGGGGUGAAAGUUGAGGUUUUAGAAAGUCCCUAUAAAAUGAAAACAAACCAUCCAUCUCCCUCGCUGGCGUCUCACCCGGCAGUGGCCUCUAUGGGUCUUGCCCCCAUAUCUGUGGGGGGCAGCCCUGAACCCUAGUCCAGACCAGCUUGCCACUGACAGCCCACACCGCCUCUCCCAGACACCAUCCUGAUGGAGGGGCACCUUUCCCUACACAGGGAGCACUUGGGAUGUCUUUUCUCCAAAAGAAUGGCCAACCUCCUCCUCCGUUGGCCACUGAAGCAUUUCAAAGCAAUUGUAAAAAUUAUAUGAACCCCAUCGAAGAACUGUUACAACAAUGUUUAUAUCCAGAAUUUGAAGCAAAGACAAUGAUAUUAUAAAUAAUUGUAGAUGAUGAAGAUAGGCAAGAAAAAAUAACAUCAUUAAAAGAAUUUUACAAGACGGACCGUUCACAAAGAUGGAUGGAGUAACACAAUACGUUAAAAAUAUCUGCAAUUAACAUAAACACGGCACAGCGGACAAAAACCAUCUGCCGGCUGGCCUCACCCUGGGCACGGUCCCCAGUCAUCUGCGUGGGCGGUGCCAGGGGCUUUGCUGUGGCCACUGUGAGAGGGGUCCACCCCGGAAGAGGCCACUGUGGGUGUGUGCCCAGUGGGUCUGGAACCUCUUUAGAGGAACCAGAGGCCAAGGAUGCACCCUCUUUCCCUUCCCUGACCCAGGUGAGGUUGGCCCAUCUGUGCCUCAUAGCACCCACUUCUCCCUCACGGCUCUUGGAUGCUGCCUUGGUUCCCCAGGUGUCCCCAAGCCACGUGUGCUGCGAUAGCACCGAGGGCCAUGCACCCCAGCCCAGACAGCUCUCGUGACAGCUGGGCAUGACCAUCCCCAGCGGACAGACUGCCCGCACACACUGGGUCCCUGCACCUCUUCACCUCUAACCAGUGUUUGAUUUCCUAAAAAAAAAAGUAAAGAUUGUUUUUAACCCUGGAAAACGUUGGCGACACAGAACAGAGUAGACACUAUGAAACCAGCAAGAUCAAACAAACGUGACCGUACUGCCACGUGCCUCAAACCUCCCUCCUUUAAGAGAUCCGAGUCUACACACAAAGCAAAAACCCCCCUUCCCCCUACUGUCCCACAGGUGACACCCGCUCCGUGGGGCUGUGGCCUCAUGCUAUGUGCGUCCACAUCACAGGUCUGGAGUGUGUGAGGAUGGGCUGAGCAGGAUCUGGGCACCUGCAUGCUCCUGCCCCGUUGGCCCUCCCCUGCCUGAGUGCUCAUUACUGGUGUUGGAAAGGAAGUGCUGACCCCCGGAAACUGGCCCCUGGGCUGGGCCUUGCCCCAGGCAGUGGGUGAUUUCUCGAGGCAGGGUAGGCAGCUCAGGACUGUGGGAACCUCAGAGGAGCCACCUGUGCCUAGCUCUGGAGCCCGAGUAUGGCUCCUUCACAUGCUGCUCACGCCCCAUGCUGUGCCCUCAGCUCCAGCUGGGGGCUCAGGCAGGAGCAGUCGCUGGGCCCCUGCCCUAGGGGGCUCCACACCUCCAGUCAGGUGGGUGCUAGGAAGGAAGUGGGUAGGUAACAGGGAAGCACGGCUUCUUGGGGUCUGGAGAAACCUGGAGCACUUUUGAGGAAGCAGCACCACAGCCAAACCAGGCCCAUGAUUCAGAGUUUACUAGGGUGUCCCAGAGGGGCAUGUACAAAGGCCCUGUGGUGGGCCUGGAGCAUGGCUGGGCACUGGGAAAGGUUGGUAGGGCCUUUGCCCAAGACCUUGGGACAGGAGAAGCCACUAGAGCCAGGCCUGAGCUUGUGUCUCUGAGGCCACUGCCUGGGUCACCUUAGGCAAGGUCCUUGCAUCUCAGUUUCUUCUUCUGAAACAGGGUCCUAACACCCACCCUCCAUGAGGAGCCACCCUGGCAGUCUUUGGCCUCCUGGUAGACCCUCAGACUGUCAGAUGAGAGACACGAGAGGGUGUCCCAACACCCGGACCUUGGGGUGACCUUCCUGGGAAAGGGGGCUGCAGCUUCCCCACCACAAAGUCCACCGAGGACCUGGGCCUUACCUACCCAGGAGCACAUGGCGUGGGAGGAGGGUGCGAGCCAGAGUUGAGGUGAUGGCCGGCUGAUUCUGGCUCAGGGUCCUCUCUCCAGGCCCACCUGAGAGCCCCAGGCCCACCUGAGAGCCCUGGGCCAGGAGGUGCUGCAAGAGCUGAACGUCUCUACAGGUGUGCCCGAGCCUUUGUGUCAAGUGUGCGUCCAUGUGUGUCUGUGCCCAUGAGCUUGUGCCUGUGGGUGUGUCCUGUGCCCAUGAGUGUGUGUCUGUGGAUGUGAGGGGGUGUGUUUUGUUCCAUUGAAUCUGUGCCCAUGAAUAUCUGUGCCCGUGAGUGUGUGGUGAGUGUGUACCUGUGCCCAUAAGUAUGUGGUGUCUGUGCCCUUGAGUGUGCUUGUGUGUGUGUUUUUUUCACAGAAGGGAGGUGAGUGAGAGGCCAGCUUCCUGACAGGGCAGUUGUAAAACAUUCAUAAAACUUUUAUGGGACUUGCCACCCUUCCAGAUAAAUAUUUUUCGAUUUUACGGGCUUGUUUUAGGGCCCUAAGCUUAAUCAUGGCUUUGUAGCUGCCUUUAAAAAAAUUUAAAUAUUGUUUUGGCAAAGGGAGCCCCCUCCCCCACCCCCCAAAGCAGCCGCUCUCCAAGCUCAUAAAUUCCUGCCGCUCUCAACUCUUGCCCUUUCUCCCUCUGGAUCCUCAUAACCGCACUAUGAUGAACCUGAGGAAGAGAAAAGAGGGAGAAAGAAGGAAAAUAACUCCUGUUUCCCACUGCCUGCCCCCUGUCUAGUGCUGGAGGGCCGGGAUCCAGCUCACGGUGUCCACAGAGGGAAGCUGGCUCGGAUCCACCGGGUGCCUGCCGCCUCCCAAGAGCCGGGCUUGCUUUCUGCCACAUGGGGCCCUCUGGUGCUCCAGGAUGGCAACCCCCACCUUCACGUGGACCAGCACUUUGCUGCACCUCCUUCCAGACCCAUCCUCCCCCUUUCUGUAUCAGUAAGGAGUCUGUCCCCAAAGACAGAUGGUGCCCAACAGCCAUGUCCCCACACCUAGAGCAGGGCCCGGGCCACAGGUGCUCAGUGUGCUAUAAGGCCUGCUGCUGGACACCCCCAGCAGUGGUGCUGCUGUAAUAGGUGGUUUAUACUGUGUAGACCUUGCUUCAUGCUGGACACUCUUCUGAGUGCUUUGUGUCAUGUGGACCCACAAGGAACUUACAACAACCCUGAGAAGUGAGUUCUGCUCCCCUGGGUUUUGGAUGAACUCACUGUGGCACAGAGAGGCAGAUGUCUUAUGUGAAGCCACACAGCUGAUCUGAGCCCAAGCCAGAGUCUGGCCCCUGGCCAUUUGUGCACUCCAGGCUCUUGACUAUUCCUUUUCAUUCCUGGGGGCACAGCCAGCCCUUGAGCCAGGCCUCAGCUAGAGGUAUUGGGGAGGGGGGAGGUUCAGGUCGCCAACUCAGGUGCCUUCAGGGCCGGGCAGGUGACAAAAUGAGGAGUGCCAAUGGGCCUGCGCAGGCCACACAGGAGCCACCACAGCCCCUCCCCACUUGCUGGAGGUGGGAAUGUGAGGAUCCAUCCUCUGGCUUUUCAAGACAAAGUAGAAAUGCCAAAUUGCAUGUCAGGCAUCCUGAGUUUGAAGGUGGGUAAGCCACAAAGUAUUUCAGAAAUGCCCUUGAGGCUGGUCAGUCUCCCAAGCUGGCAUCUUUCUUUUGCCUCUGAUGAGAGUGAGGCCCAGGACACCUCUUUCUGUGAGCACAGAGAAGCCACCACUAGGCCUAGCUAGAAUGGAGGCCUUCUUGGCGAAGGCAGCACUGAGCUUGGCCUUGAUGGGCUCAGAGGAGACAGCCUGGAGAGGGAGUUCUAGGCAGAAGGAGCUGGGGCUCUGCUCAGGAGGGGGCAUUCCUGCUGCCCAAAGCAGGGGCUGAGGGACACACUGGGUGGGGAGCAGGAUGCCUGGACACCUGAAGGGGAGCCUCUGAGAGCCCCAGAGCUGACCUGAGGCUGCCCGGCAGUGAGAAGCAGAGCACGCCCCUGACCAGACUGGGGACCAUACCUGGGCCCACCUGGCAGGUAGUUCAAGGGUGAGGAGCAAGGCCCCAGUUGUGCCCCAAGCUUGGCCUCUGCAGACUCCGUGUGCCCAGGCUGGCCAGUCAGGGUCUGCCUUGUCCUCCCCAGCCCCAAGGACACACACAGGGACCACAUGUGUGGCAGACACAUCCAUGUGCUUGCAGCAGCACAUGGCACUCACUCCUCGGUAUGGCACAUGAGCACCUGACAUUUAAGGCUGCACAUACUUUACUUGAAAGCAGGGGGGGGAAGGCUUGUUUCAGGCCUAGGAAGGAAGAGCACAUCUGUGGAGCCUCCGCGCCGUGCUGAGGACCUCCCACUGCCUCGGGGAGGUGGGGGCUGCUCCCUGCUGGGCAGGGCUUGUGUGGCCCACUUCACAGACAUGGACACCAGGCUCCCAGCACUCUCCCCAGGCCCUCAGCAGAGCCAGAGCUUCUAAGCCAGCAAACCAUCCAUGGCUGGCUGAGGCGCGAGGCCAGCCAUCCAAGUAUGCAUGGGCUGUGAUCCCCGGAUGCAAACCCAACAUGUCACCCUGGCACAGAGACACCCACCAGUCCACUGGUGGUGUCCCUGCCCAGUCCCCACCUGGGCCCAGGCUCCCAAGGGCAGAGACAUUUUGUUGGAAGUGCUCUGAGUUGAGGCCUGUGCCCUCCCCAGACAGAGGGACAGGCUCCCACAUUUAAUACAGCCACCACCUCCCAGCCAUGAUGAGAGAUCUGGGCCACAGACAGAUUAAAUCCCACCCAGGAUAGAGCCUCAGAUGGCAUUUUGGAAGGAGGACACACACCAGUGGGUGAGGGUCCAUGCCAGGCCCUCAGCAGCUGUUAGGGCGGGUUCGGAACCAGGGUGGGUACACCGGCCCCAUGGGCAUGCAGAGAGCCCAGGGCAGGGAGAGGGCCAGGUUGUGCGGGGAAUGAGGCCAUGACGCUGCUUACAGCACCUGCUCAGUGCCAGGCCCUACGCUGGGUGCUGGGGAACUGCCGUCACAUGGGCAUGAGGGCUGCUGCAGAGGGAGCCAGCCCGGGCCUGGUACCUGGCUGCCACGUGGCAGACAGCUGUCAGAUGCUGUGGGGGUGCAUUAAGAGUCCAGCCAGCUUCAGGAGAUGUGGGGUGGCUCUGCCCCACACACCUGCCUCUCCUGGGCCUGCCUCUGCAGGCGUGCAUGUACACACAGAACCGUGUGUGUAAAUGUGAACUUGGUGGGGACAGCCCUCACCAGUCAGGGAGGGGUAAACUGUCAGAGCCUGCUGCUGUCAAAUUGGGAGUAUGGAGGGACCAGAGGCUCAGCCUGUCCUCCCCAUCAGCCAGAGAGGCCCGCCAGCACCGGCGCCUGCCCGCCGCCUCGCCUCUGCUCCACACGCAGGGCUGAUACAGUAAUCAGGAGGCCACACAUGGACCUGGGAGGUGACUGUUGCCUGGGCUUUUGUUCCCCUUCAUUAUUCUGCAUGAGGGUUUUUUUCCCCGAGUCAUAAAAAUGACAUUUUUAAUAUGUGAUUUUUUU